AUGCGCGUCACCGUCUCCUUUGUCCUUCUCGCCACGCUGGCCUCUUUAGCAGCAGCAGUAGCAGCAGCGCCGGCAAAUGGCAAUGGCAGUAGCAGUGGACGUCAAAAGAGCGUGAUUCAGCUCAUCUCUGACGGCUUCGGUCCAGCAUCAGAGACCUUUGCUCGAUCCUUUGUUCAAGCGCGGGACAAUUUGCAGUGGAAUGACACGCUACCCUUGGACAAGUCCAUCGUCGGCACCAUUCGAACGCGAUCGACGGACAGUCUGGUGACGGAUAGCGCUGCUAGCGCCACGGCUUACUCUUGCGGAAUCAAGAGCGUCAAUGCGUACAUUGGCGUCGACAUUGAUCAGAAGCCUUGCGGAACUGUGCUCGAGGCCGCAAAGCAAAAGGGCUACAACACCGCCCUCGUCACCACCAGCAGAUCCACCCACGCAACACCGGCAAGCUAUGCAGCUCAUGUGCCUGGUGAGUGAAGGCGUGUGCGUGUAUGCGUGUGCGUGUGCGUGUGCGUGUGCGUGUGCGUGUGCGUGUGCGUGUGCGUGUGCGUGUGCGUGUGCGUGUAUGCGUGUGCGUGCCCGCAUUUCGAGCUACACGCUCACCCUCACGACUGCACUCGCUUGCCUUGUCAAAAAGAUCGCGAUGAUGAGAACACAAUCGCUGAGCAUAUGCUCGGCGGGACCGUGUUGGGAGCGCGCGUCGAUCUGAUCUGGGGCGGAGGCAGGCGACACUUUUUGCCAAACACCACCAGCGGAUCUUCGCGCAAGGAUGGCCGGGAUCUGAUCGGCGAGGCCACAUCAGCGGGGUAAGUGCGGCGGCGAGGAGAGAUCGUUGCGGGGCGACCGACGUGAAUGACGUGGACAAGUCUCGAACUGACCAUGAUCACGCCCCCCCUCUCUCUGCCCCGUCUGCCCGCCCGCCGUUUCAAAAGCUGGAGCUAUCUCUCCACUCGCGCCGAAUUCGACGCUUUGAACAAUGGAAGCGACGUGCAGCUACCGUCGUUGGGACUGUUCACAAGCAGUCAUAUGAGUGAGCAAGACUCGUGAUGGUGAUUGGCGCUGCGCUGGAAGCUAUCGCGAUCUGACACCCCCACCUCACGCUGCCUUUUGCUCCGCCAAAAGGCUACGAGAUUGACAGGCUAGCGCAGAACAGCACGGUGCAAGAGCCCUCGUUGGCUCAAAUGGCCAUCACCGCUCUCAAUGCGCUCAAAAAGCAAGACGAGCCCUUUUUCAUCAUGAUCGAAGGAGCGCGCAUCGAUCAUGCAGGUCACAACAACGAUCCCAUCGGUCAUUUGCACGAUAUCCUAGCUUAUCAGGAAUUGUGGACAGCCGUAUCUCAAUGGGUGGAUGCUAACGACGCUUCGCAAUCUUCCGAUGACCCUGAAAUCGUCCUGCUUUCCACUUCGGAUCACGAGUGUGGAGGUCUGACGCUCGCUUUGCAACGUCCCGAAGAUGAAGAGGCGGAGUAUGCUUGGUGAGUGGAGAGGUGGGCCCCGCGCGCACACGUACCCUAAACACCCUUGUUGAGCUUUGUUCCCUCCCCCUUUUCUACUCGGCUGAUCUCAUGUGCGCGCAGGUACCCAGACGUGCUCAACAACAGCACGCACUCGACCGAAUACCUAGCAGCUCAAUUCUACAAGUACGCCGAGGCCGAGAACCGCACGGAUGGCGAGCUGCGCGAUUACAUGGUGCAAACCAUCCUACCCAGUCUGGGUCAAUCCGACAUCGACGAAGACGAAACUGCUCGAGCGCUAGAGUUGGCAAAGGAAGAUGAUGAUGGGUUGGCCCUGACCAUCUACCUUGCUAGUCUGGUCAACUGGAGAGCUCAUCUGGGCUGGUCCACCACUGGACAUAGCGGUCUCGAUGUCAACCUGGUAAGCAGCCUCGUGGCCCAACCCGGAAACCCAAACAAGGAACGCAACCGCUAACCCUGAUCCUCGACUUGCGCACCUUCCGUACGAACAGUAUCUGCACGUAGCGCCUCAGCACGCGCAACAAAAGCUGGCUGCCUCCUUUGUGGGCAAUCACGAAAACACGUGGAUCGGAAGCUGGACGGCUUCCUGGUUAGAGUUGGAUUUGACGAGCGUGACGCGCCAAUUGAACAACGGUACGCUGGUAGGAGCGGCGGGCGAAGGAUCUGCCAACCUGACCACUCCUACGGGCAGGUAUCACGGAGGACCUAAACACGUCUUGCCCGCUCUUCCUCCUCGUAGACGUGGCGUCGGCUACUCUCACAGGGAGAAUACGUCGCUCAGAGCAGAGGAGCGCAGUCAUAGCAUGGCGAGCAAGAGGCGUGCGCACGCGGAGCUCUAG